ACACCAUGGCUGCUGAGCUGCGCGGGAAAGACGAGACGCUGGCCCUGAGACGACAGCUGCUCAGCGCCUCUUGCAGGCUCUUUUUCCCCGAAGACCCCAUUAAGAUGGUCCGUGGCCAAGGGCAAUACAUGUAUGAUGACCAAGGCACCGAGUACCUGGACUGUAUCAACAAUGUCGCACAUGUGGGGCACUGCCACCCUCUGGUGGUUCAAGCAGCACACGAGCAGAACCAGGCUCUGAACACCAACAGCCGCUUUUUGCACGACAGCAUCGUGGAUUAUGCGCAGCGCCUGGAUAACACGCUGCCUGAACAGCUGUGUGUCUUCUACUUUCUCAACUCUGGGUCUGAAGCCAAUGACCUGGCCCUGCGUCUGGCCCGCUGCUACACUGGACAUUGGGAUGUGGUGGUGCUGGACCACGCCUAUCACGGGCACCUGAGCUCCCUGAUUGACAUCAGCCCCUAUAAAUUCCGGGAUCUGGAUGGCCAGAAGGACUGGGUCCACGUGGCACCUCUCCCCGAUACCUACCGGGGCCUUUUCCGGGAGGACCAUCCCAACCCGGCUGUGGCCUAUGCCAGUGAAGUGCAGCGAGUGAUUCAUAGCGCACAGGAGCGGGGUAGGAAGAUCGCUGCCUUCUUCGUGGAGUCACUGCCCAGUGUGGCCGGCCAGAUCGUGCCCCCUGCCGGCUACUUCCAGGAAGUGGCAAAGCAUGUCCGCGCAGCCGGAGGCCUUUUCAUUGCUGACGAGAUCCAGGUGGGCUUCGGGCGCGUGGGACGGAGCUUCUGGGCCUUCCAGCUGCAGGGAGCCGAUUUCACGCCAGACAUCGUCACCAUGGGCAAGUCCAUCGGCAACGGCCACCCAGUGGCCUGUGUGGCCACCACCCAGGCUGUGGCCAGGGCAUUCGAGGCCACCGGUGUCGAGUACUUUAACACGUUUGGUGGCAACCCCGUGUCCUGUGCUGUGGGACUGGCUGUGCUGACUGUGCUGGAGAAGGAGCAGCUGCAGGCUCACGCAACCUGUGUGGGCAGCUUCCUCAUGGAGCUUCUGGCCCAGCAGAAAGCCAAGCACCCCAUCAUUGGAAAUGUCAGAGGAGUGGGUCUCUUCAUCGGGGUCGAUCUGAUAAAAGAUGAGGCUACCCGGGCCCCUGCCACUGAGGAGACUGCCUAUCUACUGUCCAGGAUGAGAGGCCACCACAUCCUGCUGAGCAGUGAUGGACCAGGAAGGAAUGUGCUAAAGUUCAAGCCACCCAUGUGCUUCAGUAUGGACAAUGCCCGACAUGUGGUAACCACGCUGGAUGCCAUCCUGACAGAUAUGGAGGCCAAAGUGAGAAGCUGCAAGACCCUGUGCUGUCUGCCAUUUUCCAGCCCCACCAGAUAAGAUUCCAACCCCAGCUGCUGGUGGCCUCCAGGACCUCAUCCCUCUGGCUGCCACACUCUACCAAUGGCACACCUUCAAUGCCACCCCAGAUCCAGACACCAGAAAUCUUGCUUCACGACUUGAGCAGAGGUGACCCCACCACUAACAGGACCAGGACCCUGGCAGCAGCUCAGCCCACCCCUUAG